CGAAAAGAUGAUGCGGUGUCGCGAUCUUUAUGCUGAGAGCUACACAUUCGGUUUGGAAGGCGAUGAGACCCACUCUGGCACAGAUCUUCUGUUUGACGCGCGCAACCACUUCCUUGACCUGGGCGUUGAAAAAAUCCGCGACUCCGCGCUUCGGGAUGAAGAAAUGGACAUGUAUCUGAGCAUGGAAAAGGAAGAGAGUCCCUUUGUCGUCGAUGAAUACAGUUUUAUAAACUCGGCUCCAUAUGAGCCAAAGGUUCUUCAGCGCAGCGUCGUAGCCAUAGAGGCGAUCCAAAAGACUACGACCAUAAACGAAAAGGAGCCACUCCCCGCGCGAUGCAGACUGGAGCGCGAGAAGGAUGGGAAGGAGGAGAGGGAGGAGUUUAACGAGAAAAAGGCAAUGCAGGCUGUUGACGAGGCACUGACCGUAACAGCACCAGCUGUCGUUGAACCGGAGGAAACCCAUGUUCUUGGAAGUGCAUCCCCAGAGUGGACGGCCAUGGAUGACGGCAGUAGCCAGGGGCAGGCCGUUGAGUGGGUUGCGGCUACGGAAGCUGCUAACCAGCUUGAGGUAGCAUUGCUUAAUGUAAACGACAACAUUAGUCUUGAAACUGCGGUGCCGAUUUCAAGUGAGGCGGGAGCUGAACCGAUGGAGUGGGAGGAAGAUUCUGAAGCAGCGAUUAAGGUCUCAUCCUCAGCGGCCGCGUUGAUCGCAGCACAACAGCAGAGUCAGAGCCAGGGUCAAGGUCAGAACCAGGGCAAGAAGAAGGGGAAUAAAUCUAAACCAAAGAAAGGCCACAAACACUGAGCACCAACGCGCUUGUUCAUUUUGUUUCUGUCUCCCCCUUUCACGCCUACCGUAUGGCUCCCACGAUAUACCCC